GCGCCCGGAAGCGGCUGCGGUGCCGCUCGCCCUGAGGCGCCGCCAUGGAGUACAUGACGGAGCCGGCGGCCCCCAGCCAGGGCAACAUCCUCUGCUGCCAGUGCGGCGUGCCCAUCCCACCGAACCCAGCUAACAUGUGUGUGGCGUGCCUGCGCUGCCAGGUGGACAUCACGGAGGGCAUCCCCAAGCAGGUCACCGUGAACUUCUGCAAGCAGUGCGAGAGGUAUCUUCAGCCUCCAGGAACUUGGAUUCAGUGUGCCUUAGAAUCAAGAGAGCUUCUUGCUUUGUGUCUAAAAAAAAUCAAAGCCUCACUUAGCAGGGUCCGGCUGAUUGAUGCAGGCUUUAUUUGGACUGAACCACAUUCUAAGAGACUUAAACUAAAACUAACUGUACAGAAAGAGGUGAUAAAUGGAGCAGUUCUUCAGCAAGUAUUUGUGGUGGAGUAUAUGGUUCAGUCUCAGAUGUGUGAAGAUUGUCACAGAGUUGAAGCUAAGGAUUUCUGGAAAGCUGUGGUUCAAGUCAGACAAAAGACUUUGCACAAGAAGACUUUCUACUACUUGGAGCAGUUGAUUUUAAAACACAGACUUCAUCAAAAUACACUUCGCAUCAAAGAAAUCCAUGAUGGCUUGGAUUUUUAUUACUCUUCAAAACAACAUGCCCAGAAGAUGGUAGACUUUCUUCUAUGUACAGUUCCAGCAAGAUCAAAAUCAUCUCAACGUUUGAUCUCGCAUGACAUUCAUAGUAAUGUCUACAAUUACAAAAGCACUUUCUCCGUGGAAAUCGUUCCAAUAUGCAAGGACAAUGUUGUUUGUCUGUCACCAAAACUGGCACAAAGUCUUGGAAACAUGAGCCAGAUCUGUGUGUGCAUUAGAGUAACAAGUACCAUCCACCUCAUUGAUCCUAGCACUCUGCAGAUUGCUGAAAUUGAUGGAAAUACUUACUGGCGCCACCCUUUUAAUAGCUUGUUCCAUCCAAAACAACUAGAAGAGUUUAUUGUUAUGGAUAUCAACAGAGUUCAAGAAAAAAGAAAAGGUGCAGGUGCAGGGGCAAGAUCAAACAAACACACGCUGGCAGAAGCCUGGGUACAGAAAACUUCGGAGUUGAAUACGGAUCAUCAAUAUUUCUGCUGUACUCACUUGGGACACAUUUUAAAUCCUGGGGACCUUGUCCUAGGAUUCGACUUGGCCAAUUGUAACUUAAAUGAUGAAUUUGCAAAUAAGAUGAACCCACACCAUAUUCCUGAUGUGGUAUUAAUAAAGAAGAGCUAUGACCGUACCAAACGCCAGCGUCGCAGAAACUGGAAACUAAAAGAGCUAGAAAGGGACAGAGAAGGCAUGGAUACAGAUGAUGAAAGACAGUACCAGGACUUCCUUGAAGAUCUUGAAGAAGAUGAAGCCAUAAGGAAGAAUGUCAACAUUUAUAGAAAUUCAGAUAUUCCAGUGGAGAGCGACACAGAUGAGGAUGGUCCUCCACGAAUCAGUCUAGCUGAAAUGCUAGAGGAUCUGCAUAUUUCUCAGGAUGCCACUGGUGGGGAGGGAGCAAGUAUGAUGACAGAAUAAGAACAGUCCAUUAAUAUAUACAAUAAUAUUCAUUUGGAGAAGAAAAAAUAUCCCAAAUACACAAAACAUAACUGAACAUUACAAACUGUAAUUGUUAGACACUGAACUUAGAAAGUAAUGUGAUAGAUAAUCACUAUACCCCUAAAUCAUAUUGCUGAAUGAUUAUAUGUAAUCUCCCAGAGGAUCAGUAACUGAAGUUAAAUCUCUGAUGCAGGCAUUGCAGAGUAAGUUCCACAAGUUCCUCAGAUCUUCCCAAAAGCUCCCCUUAAAUUCUGCAGUAUAAAGACCAGCUGGGCUGUAACUGAGAGUAAUGAUUGUCUUGUACUUAAGACACCGAAUAAGAAGGGAUGUCCAGAGGGAUAGAUUUUAUUCUAGUUUGGUAGACUUGUAGGUAGUACAUCUUACCUACUCUUUAUUGCUUUCAUUUCUUUCCCUGUGAGGCAGAUUUUUCCUGUCUUUUUAGCACAAUGGUUAGAAAUUUUAUAUGAAGAUGCUGUAUUCCCCAUUGUAAUAUUUUGAGGAAGCUCAAACAUGCAUCUUCUGUUCCUUUGGUAAGACAACUCCAAAUGCACAUGUUGUACACACACAAAACUCCCCUCUAAGUUGAUUGAAGGUACAGCACCCUGAAUCAGAAAAAUUGGAAACUUCUGUUCACUGUAAUGAAUAUUGUUGUGCAUAACCUUUAAUUAAUAUAACAGUUAUGAGCUAUUAAAAACUAUAAAAAUCUUUUUUUGUCCAUCACUUAGUUAACUGUUGAAGUAAAUUAUUACAAACCCAAAUAGGACAUAAUUGGUAUAGUUGGGCAUUGAAUAUUGGUAUCAAUCAGUGUUUAGUUCACUUUACUGUAUAAAGGAGGUGCAACAGAAAUAUUACUAAGAGUUUAUGUAAAUAUACAUUUCAUUUAACUGAACAGAAACAGGGAAGCAUACCAUACAGGAAGAGUAAUUUUGCCGCUUUGUUUUUAAUGCUUCAGAAAACAUGUUUCAAAAUAACUGGCACAUGUGAAAGUGGGAAAAUCUUUGUGGAGAAGAGCAGAAUUCAGUUACAGAGGUAUUAGUGAUUCCUCUGUGUAGGCUCUACAUAAUUCAUAAAAUGAGAAGACUUAACUGCGUUUAUCUGUAACUACAUGUAUAUUUGUAAAAUUAACUUUUUGAGAAAUAUAUAAGUCUGAAAAUUCACUGCACUAUUUCUCUGUAGUAUCAACUGAUGAGGUGUCAGGAACAUCUUUCUGAAUUUGACAGUACUAGACAGCUUUUUAAGGUCUCAAAGAAAAAUUAAGAAACAAUCAAGCCUUGGCAGUGGGCUGGGCAUUGCAAAGUGAAAGAAAUUUUGGCUGAAUCUUUAGUUUAAAUGUCAACUGUUGACUAAGCAUUUCUGAACAGAUGCAACUUCAUUGCAUUCCAGUCUUGUCUGUAUUCCUGAUGUUUGAGCUCAGACAGUAUUCAUACAAGGCAAAUGAAUUUUUGAUUAUAAAAGAAGGAGUUAGGUUCAGGGUGAUUUUUCCUCUCUUUUUUUUGGUGGGGGAGUUGGUUGUUUUGUUUGGUUGUUUCUGACUAUCUUGUAAUCACCCAUUUGUAAAGGAAAAAAUUGGAAAUUUGGAAGGCAUUUUUGGUGUAGCUGAACUAUAAGCCUUCUCUUGGACUUAGCAGUUGAGUUAGCGGGCAUCCCUUAGAUGUGCUGUUUUUCACUGUGUAUUUGUGUCAUGCUAAGCUCUUCUGCUUCUUCUCUUAAAUUUUGUCAUGUAUCUUUACUAUGUUGAAAAGCAGUUAAGAAAAUCCAUAAAGCUGUUGCGAACUGGAAGUACAAUUUAUUUCAUACUAGCAACUUAGUUCAGUAUAGAAACUGCAUAAAACUGUGCUCAAAAAAAAAAAAAAAUCCAUGAGAAUGCAGCUGCAUAGCUAACCUGAAUUAUCACUGCAAUAAAUUUCAUUAUACUGUGGUGGCAGUACUGUUGAGAAGAUAAAGAUAAAACUCAGUUCUAGUGGCUCCCUUGGACUGAAUCUGUGGAAGUUUUUGAAGAGCUUUGAUUUGUAACCUGUAGCCAAUUCAUAAUGUCUCGGGGUGAGAUGUGUUCUGGGCUGUGAUUUUUUUUUUUUUUUUUUUCGUUUUUUUUUUUUCUUUUUUUCCAGCCCAGGUGAAAGCAAUGAAUUCUUUAUCUAGUCUUGUUUGGAAAUAGAUAGCUUUCUCUUGUUAGGAAAUGAAUGGUGAUUUGGAAUAAAAAUGUGUUUUAAACUGUG